UUUAACGCCUUUAAUUAAUGGUAGGCCAGUUAAAAGGAACGAAUGAUUGUGGUACGAAAAUUUUACAAAAGAAAAUUCAAAAUGAAAAUCAUGUGAAGCUUUUUGAAAAAAGUGAAACGUAUGAUAACCUUGUUGAAUUCAUCAAGGCUCUUGCUGAAUCCGUUAAGAGUUUACCUAUUAAAACAAAUGAAUUCCAAAAAACCAAUGGAUUCAUGCCAAAAUUUGACGUUUUAUUUCAAUCAAUUGAAUCGAUACUAAAUGAGGUCGAACCACUUGAAGGCAAUAUGCGUUUUGGUAAUAUAGCAUUUCGAACUUUUGUGGAGCGAUUAAACCAAAGUAUGCCCGAGAUUUUACUUUUAUUUUUACAACCACGGCGUGUUUGUGGAGUAACGUGUGAAACACAACAAACUACUUGCCGUCAAACAAUUCACCGUCUUGAGCCUUUUCCGUAUUCUGAUGCCGAUCGACCUCAAAUAGCACAAGAACUAAGUGACUAUCUUUGCUCAUCCUUUGGAGAUAAAACGCGAAUCGAUUAUGGCUCAGGACAUGAACUAAAUUUUAUUUGUUUUCUCUACUGUCUUGUUCGCCUUGAAUGUUUUGCUUCCACUGAUUACUCCAAUCUUGUGAACGUGGUUUUCGCAAAAUACUUGGCGUGCGUGAGGAGAGUUCAAACGCGUUAUUCGUUAGAACCAGCAGGCAGUCGUGGUUCAUGGGGAAUCGAUGAUUAUCAUUUUUUACCAUUUUUAUUUGGCGCAUCUCAGUUAUGUGAUCAAGAGAGUAUAACCCCACAUCAGAUUAAUGAUCCACAAAUAGUUCAUUUAUACGCGUCUCAAUAUUUUUAUAUGGAUUCUGUGAAAUGGAUUCUUCAAACCAAAGUUGGAGCCUUGUUCGGUGAAUGUGCUCCUCUGUUAUAUGAUAUUAGUGGGAUUUCAUCAUGGUUUAAAAUUUAUACAGGAUUAAUAAAAAUGUAUAAAGCGGAAGUGUUAGGAAAGUUGCCUGUUAUACAACAUUUCCUUUUUGGCAACAUUUUACCAGCACCAGCAACUUUGUAAAUUGCUAGAGACAAAAACGGACCCUUUUUUAACAAUGAUCAAAAGAUUGGCUUUGGGAGCUUUAUU